UCCGGUCCCGCACAAUGGGCCAUGGAGUUCCCGUUCGAUGUGGAUGCGCUGUUCCCGGAGCGGAUCACCGUGCUGGACCAGCACCUGCGGCCUCCGGCCCGCCGACCCGGAACCACAACGCCGGCCCGUGUGGAUCUGCAGCAGCAAAUCAUGACUAUUAUAGACGAACUGGGCAAGGCCUCUGCCAAGGCCCAGCAUCUCCCUGCACCCAUCACCAGCGCUUCCAGGAUGCAGAGUAACCGCCAUGUUGCUUAUAUACUGAAGGAUAUUUCAGCCCGACCGGCAGGGAAAGGAGCCAUCAUUGGUUUCCUCAAAGUUGGAUACAAGAAACUCUUUGUACUGGAUGACCGUGAAGCGCACAACGAGGUGGAACCGCUUUGCAUUCUGGACUUUUACAUCCACGAGUCAGUGCAACGGCAUGGCCACGGGCGAGAGCUCUUUCAGUACAUGUUACAGAAAGAACGAGUUGAACCACACCAGCUGGCCAUCGAUCGACCGUCACCAAAGCUGCUCAAGUUCCUGAACAAGCACUACAGCCUGGAGACCACAGUCCCACAGGUGAACAACUUCGUGAUCUUUGAAGGCUUCUUUGCCCACCAGCAUCGGCCCCCCACUGCCUCUCUGAGGGCAACUCGACACUCUCGUGCUGCUGAGGUCGAUGCCACGCCCGCUGCUCCAGCGCGGAAGCUGCCACCCAAAAGGGCAGAGGGAGACAUUAAGCCGUACUCCUCCAGUGACAGAGAAUUCCUAAAGGUGGCUGUGGAGCCUCCUUGGCCCCUGAACAGGGCCCCUCGCCGGGCCACACCGCCAGCUCAUCCACCUCCACGCUCUAGCAGCCUGGGAAACUCGCCGGAUCGGGGUCCCCUCCGACCCUUUGUGCCAGAGCAGGAGCUGCUUCGCUCCCUGCGUCUCUGUCCCCCACACCCUACUGCCCGCCUUCUGCUGGCCUCUGACCCUGGGGGCAGCCCAGCUCAGCGCAGACGCACCAGGGGGACUCCCCAGGGGCUGGUAGCCCAAAGCUGCCACUACAGCCGCCAUGGGGAAAUCAAUACCUCAUCCCUGGGUACAGGUAAGUGGGCACUCUUUCUUAAUUCUCCAAUCACGUGGGCCACACACACACACUACUACAGUCUCCCCAGAUGCCUGGUAUUUCCACAGGCAGCCAAGAACGGAAGCAGGGGGAAGAGGAAGCAGAGGAUAGGUCGCCCAGUGAGGAUCGGGUCUUGUUACAGGAUGGGUCUGGGGAGGAAGCUACUGCGCGCCCAGUUGCUCCGAGGGUCCAGGCCCCACCAGCUCAGUCGUGGACGAUGGGUGGGGACAUAAUCAACGCCAGGUUCAUUCGAAACCUUCAGGAACGCCGCAGCACCAGGCCUUGGUGACCACAGCCCCCUGGCACUCUCUCCAAGUCCGUAUUAUUUCUCCUUCACUACAGGACACAGCCAAAGCUCGGCCCUCGUAAUGGAUGUAUUCAUUCAUUCAUUCAACAGGCCUGUCAGCUUCAGAUCGUUUGUAUCUUAUUUUUAACCAGAGCAAUAAAAGUAUUUAUUUUUUAUCCCGA